UUGGUACCUUCUUGCAGAAAUAAGGCGAUCGCAGACUAUCUCAGCACCAAUGGCUACCAAAAUGCCCUCGAGGCGUUCAAGAAAGAAGCUGACAUACCCGGCGAGGUCGAAAGAAAAUACGGAGGUCUGCUGGAGAAGAAAUGGACCUCGGUGAUACGUCUACAAAAAAAGGUAAUGGAAUUGGAAUCCAAAUUAUCCGAAGCAGAGAAAGAAUUCAUCGAGGGAGCACCAACACGCAGCAAAAGAUCACCAUCAGAGUGGAUACCAAGGCCACCAGAAAAAUUUAGUCUCACUGGGCACAGAGCUCCCAUCAACAGAGUUAUUUUUCACCCAGUUUUUAGUCUUAUAGUGUCUGCAAGCGAAGAUGCCACCAUUAAGGUGUGGGACUUCGAGAGCGGUGAAUUUGAAAGAACAUUGAAAGGACAUACCGACAGCGUGCAGGACGUUUCAUUCGACGUCUCCGGAAAACUGUUAGUUUCAUGCAGCGCGGACAUGUCUAUUAAAUUGUGGGACUUUCACCAGUCAUUCGCCUGCGUGAAAACCAUGCACGGACAUGAUCACAGUGUCAGCUCAGUCGCAUUUGUGCCACAAGGCGAUUUCGUAGUGAGCGCCUCUAGGGAUAAGACCAUCAAAAUCUGGGAAGUCGCGACGGGUUAUUGUGUUAAGACGUUAACAGGGCACAGAGAAUGGGUACGAAUGGCCAGGGUCAGUCCUUGCGGUGAGCUGAUUGCUAGUUGCUCGAAUGACCAAACGGUGCGAGUUUGGCACGUGGCGACGAAGGAAACGAAGGUCGAACUCAGAGACCAUGACCACGUGGUGGAGUGCAUCACAUGGGCACCGGAGACUGCAAGAGCAUCAAUCAAUGCUGCAGCAGGUGCUGACAAUAAAGGUGCCCAUGAAGGACCUUUCCUUGCAUCUGGCUCACGAGAUAAAGUAAUCCGCGUAUGGGACGUCGGCGCCGGUAUAUGCCUGUUCGCCCUCUUAGGACACGACAAUUGGGUGCGCGGUAUUGUUUUCCAUCCCGGUGGCAAGUUUAUCGUCAGUGCCUCUGACGAUAAAACACUGCGAGUCUGGGACACACGCAACAAGCGAGCAAUGAAAACUCUUGAGGCGCAUGUCCACUUCUGCACCUCUGUUGAUUUUCACAAAAGUCAUCCCUACGUGGUCACCGGUAGUGUUGACCAGACGGUGAAGAUCUGGGAAUGCCGCUAGUCACCAAACCAUGUCAGAGUUUCGUUGAACCUUCGUCAAGCAAGACAGAGAUUGUGGAAGGAAGGCGAACGAUGCGCACCGAAUCCGACGGGGAUAUAAACAAGAAACAGAGGAAAUCAACGGCCGAAAGAGUA